UCAAAUAUUGACAAAAUACUGAAAAAUCACAAAAAUUAGCAAAUUAUAUUGAGUUGAGAAUUCAUAAAAUUCUUCUCUGUAUUUCUUUCAACUUCCCUGUGUUUCUACCUCGAUACAUAGGUACUUUCAUGGACUUUCUUUUUAAUUCUUUUUCCUGUAUGUUCAUAUACCUAUUUUCUAUUAUAAACAUUAUCGAUGGUCACAAUACAUUUUUUACCAUUUUCAGGGUUAAAUAUGAGUCAUGAUACUAACAUUAUUGAAAAUCACAGAGUUCUAGUCUAUUUCUAUGUACUAUAAUAUUGUAUAAUAUAUUACCUAUGUACCUAUUGUAAAAUAUAUAAUUUAAAAUAGAUGACAAAUCUAAAAUCUAAGAGGUGAAUCAAAUAGAUAUUUAUUAUAGCAGCGGUUCUCUUAACCUUUUGUAGAUCGCGGAUCCUCUUACCAAUUUUUUUUUCAAAUACCUUUUUUUUUACAAAACAUCUCAUGUUAUCAUAACCAAAAUUAUAAUCAUUAUUUUAUAUAACAAAUUACAUAAGUAGACAUAACAAAACAUACACAUUUAUAAUUUUUUUAUUACAAUUAAUUUUUUAUAAAAAUGUAAUAUGUAUAAAACUAUAGUUGACUACGAUCGAUCAGCUGCACUUAAAUACAGUAAAUAUAAGACUUCCGAGACUACAGUGCUGUACGCAUAUGCAUUUCGUAUGAACAAGAAAAACUAAUUUUACUUAACAAAUAUUAAUAAUACAAUUAUUUGGUGUAAAAUCUACAUAUUAUAUAUAUGAAAAAAAAAUAAUAAUAAUCCAACAAUAUUGUAAUAAUGCAUUCAUGUCACUUAUUGACGUAUGUUAUGUGGCUGCCUAGUGCGUCACGGCCCUUAAGGCUGCCGCGGACCCUCGACACGAGUAUCGCCAGGGAGCCGAGGACCACAGGUUAAGAACCGCUGUACUAUAGGAUUUGUUGUUACAUGGUAGGUAAAAUAUGGCAUUCGUGUAGCAGGUGAUCUACUACUUCUUUUUAGAUGUAUCAGCAUAGGCGAAAAUAGGGUGGGGCUAAGCCUAUACCUAACUAAUGUGAAUUCAGCCCCCCAGAUUUAUAAUCGUAUUAAUGUAAUUUUCCUAAAGAAAAAAAUUAAAAUAUGACCUACGUCGUAGUAGGUGCAUAAUACAUAAAAAUAAAUUUAAAAAAAUAUGCUUUAAAAAAAUCAAGGGUAUUUUAUAAAAAUUGUUCAGAGAUUUUGAACGUUUUGUACAGUGUAUACAUAAUUACAUAUAAACGAUAAACCUAUUAAUAUUAUCGAAUAUCAGAAAUAAUAUUAAUAGUUUUAGUUUUAUGUUUGUGUUUAGCACGAUACUGUAGACAAUACCUAGAUAUCAAUUUCGUUUUAGUAGUUAUGGACAAUUACAUAAAUAUUGAUGUGGAAUCGGUUUUAAAUGAUUUUGCAAAAACUCAAAGACAAAUUAAUUUAAUUUUGUAAAUAUUAAUUAAAAUAAAAUUGUGUACAUUUAUUUUAUUUUAUAUGAUUGUGAUUUUUUAAAUUUAACUAAGCUUUUAUCUUGCAACAUUACAGCUUUUAGUGAUUAUAACUAAAAAUAAAAUUUCAAUGAUUAUUUUGGAUCAUUUAAAAGGUAUGGGGACAAAGCCUCAAUUUAUAAUUUUUAGUUAAAAAAUGGUAGGGCUGAAGCCCCCCCCCACAAUUGAAAUUCCCUAUUUGCGCCUUUGUGUAUCAGGUGAUCUAUCAUAUUAUAGUAGGUGUAGUCAGUGAUUUAUAAUUAUUAUUAUUAAUAUAUAAUUGAAACCUAUAUUUAUUAUUUUAUUAUAUGAUUUAAAAGGACUUCACACCCGCAUGUUUUGUCUCUGUCUUACACGUACGAUAAAGACAAAACGCGUUUACGCAAUCUGAGUAUAAAUUGCUCAAUUUUAUUCUAGAGUAAAAAUACCUAUAAUAAAAUUAAAUUGUGACAAUAUUUCUGGGAGAAAGUCGUUGCGUUUUUUCCAUUAUACCCAAUAACGUUCAUUAUAUCGUUUAGAAAUACCAAAAAUAUCAAUACUUUUUAAAUACUCAAAAUUAAAAUUUUUUAAAAAAAACUCACUGUCUUGCCUUCCAAACAGGGGCGGACUUACUAUUUUUCCGCCCCUAGGUACUACAACACUAGCGCCUCUUACAUUGGCGUGCUCCCAUGUUUAAUCUUUAAUAGUUUAAUAUUGUAAUUGAUUUUUCUUAUAGGUAGCCAGGUAGGUACUGAUUAAAGUGGUGAGCACUCUAUAUAGUCUCUAUGAUCGUAAUCGAUUAGCAGAUUUCUGAGAAGUAAGCACUAUGCAGGAGGCGGGCGACAGUGCCGUCGUCGUAAUGUUUAUUAUUAUUAAUUACUUUAUCAAAACAUCUGAUUUCCAGAAUUAAUUCCAUUAUUCUAAGAAUAGACUAGUUUGGUGGCGCGCGCCCGCGCACUUAUUGUGGUGCCGGGUGCGGGGUGAGGUGGGUCAUUCCAGUUAAUAUAAAAUAAUUUACUUGCUAAGCACUGUACGAGCUGCCCCCCCCCCCUCUAGCUAGUAGAGUGGCUGUAUACCAUGUACCCGGCGGCCCAAGGUACUAUAUUUGACAGCCUUGGCUGGCGUUUUUCGCAUACGUCAUUUACAAUAUUGUAUGUGUGAACGCCGCACACCCGUAUACCACCUCCCAUGCAUUAACAUAGGCAACGCCGGCAACUGCCUCGUCGAGUGUCGAUGUCGAACCUCUAGCGGUGGUGGCGCGCACCGUCCGCAGGAUUAAACUCAAACAGCAAGGUGCCAACGCAGUCAUCAGUUUUCUCUUCUCUCGUCUACCAAUUCUCUGGUAAUCUUGUUGCACCGAGGAUUCUACGGUUCGCUCAAAACACUACCGGCCGUGAAUUAUUUGAAAAAUACAUCCACGAUGGCAGCUAACGACGAUAGAACAUACGUCUUACCCACUCUUUUGAAGUCAGCUUACCGAGCAUGUAUCAAGAUCCACCGGGACAAGUACGACGAGUUGCGAGUUCCAGAUGUUGACUUGCAGGUUUGUUGCAAUUCCAUUUACCGUAUCAUAAGAAUGAACACGGUGAGUGGGAAUUUUGACUCAUUAGGCGAUAGACGGUUCAUGUACGAUAAAGUGCAAAAUUAUGCCUUUGACGUAUCAAUGACAAAUAUAUGUGAAAUGGCUGCAUCUUUCGGACACAUCGAGUGUCUGAUGAUGGCUCGUGAGAUGGGCGUUCCCUGGUACGAUUCGUACAAUUAUGGUCAAUCAGCAUGCUCCCUAGCUGCGGCAUCUGGCAAUCUCGAUUGCCUUGUGUACGCACAUGAGAAUGGUAGUGAUUGGGACGAGACAACGUGCAAAGCCGCCGCUAUUGGUGGACAUAUGGAGUGUUUGAGGUAUGCACGGGCCAAUGGAUGCCCCUGGAACGCAGACACAUGUUCUUAUGCUGCGACAAAUGGACACUUAGACGUUUUGCGUUAUGCACAUGAAACUGGAUGCCCAUGGGACGUACAUACGUGUUCUGAUGCUGCGAUGAAUGGACACCUUGAAUGUCUGCAAUACGCCCAUGAACAAGGUUGCCCGUGGGAUGAAGAUACUUGUUCUGAUGCUGCGUUGAAUGGACACCUUGAAUGUCUGCAAUACGCCCAUGAACAAGGAUGUCCAUGGGAUGAAGACACAUGUGAUUACGCUGCAAAGCAAGGUCACCUGGACUGUCUGCGAUACGCGCAUGAAAAUGGAUGCUUAUGGGAUGAGGUUACGUGUUCUAAUGCUGCGAUAAAUGGGCACCUUGACUGUCUCCGGUACGCACGUGAGAAUGGCUGCCCAUGGGCUGAAGAUAAGAUGUGUUCUGAUGCUGCAGUUAAUGGACAUCUUGAGUGUUUGAGGUAUGUACACGAAAGUGGAUGCCCGUGGGACAUUCAUACCUGUUGUGGUGCUGCGUUUAAUGGACACUUAGAAUGUCUUCAAUAUGCAUAUGAAAAUGGAAGCCCAAUGGACGACGAAGUGUGUAGUUGUUCUUUGCGAAACGGACACUUAGACUGUUUGGAAUAUGCCCAUAAAAAUGGAUAUCAACUGGACGAAGAUUCCUGUUCUAUUGCUGCGGAAAAAGGAUACCUAGAUAUUCUGAUCUAUGCUCAUAACAACGGAUGUGAAUGGGACGAAGACACGUGUUCUGAAGCUGCGAAGGGUGGACACUUGGACUGUCUCAUAUACGCGCAUGAAAAUGGUUGCCUAUGGGAUGAAGACACGUGUUCCGAAGCUGAGAUGAAUGGACACUUGGCUUGUCUGCAGUAUGCACAAGAAAAUGGAUGCCCGUAUGACUAAACUUUCUAAGGCGAUGGAAAGUGGAUAUCUAGACUGGCCUACCGUAUCCUGGAUCGUGUGCCGUCUAUUUAUUAAAAUUAAUGUAUCUUGGUCUGUUAAUGAGACCUUACAGGUACCUAAACAACAGAUGUCCAGAUUGGUGAAUGACCAACAGAGUUUAUAAUUGUAUUAUACUGCAAUUUCUAUAUAAAGAACUUCCGUUUCCUAAAAUGUUCUGUUGAAUGAAAUAUUUUUGAGAACCAUGAUGAAAGUUACCGACGACAGAACAUAAAUCAUACUCAAUUUUUGAAGUCAACUUACCACGCAUUUGUCAACAUUAUCAAGGUUUAUAAUUUAAUUACAGCGAAAAUUCCGUUUAACGAACUUUUAAUUGAUAACAUUUUUUGUUAGUUAUAAAAUAACGUAGGAAAUCUUAAUUAAAUUGUUUAUGUAAUUUCAAAUUAGUUAAUUGUAUAAUACAGAAUUUUAUUUUUAUACUGUAUAAAAUGAGUAUAAUACAGGUUUUUAUUUUUAUACUGUAAAAAAUGUGUAUAAUACAGGAUUUUAUUUUUAUACUGUAUAAAAUGUAUAUAAUACUGUUAUGGACGUCUCCACAACCUAGUUUGUUUGUUUGUUUGUUAAUAAAUAAAUAUGUGGUGUUAUCACUAA